AUGAGCCCCUUGGACGCAUUCUACUCCGACGCCGCCAGUUUUGCCAAGACUGGGCUCGACCUCAUCAACCCAGACCGAGCCGUUGUGGUCUGGUUUAUGAACAACACCGACCAGGAAUUAACCUGGUCGGACUCUGGAGUCGACCACGGCGAGCGAAGUCAACUCGCACCCGAUACAAUCGCCCCUCGGCAAUGGGGUAAAUGGGCUUUAGAGUCUUGCGGAUUCGAGACAGGAUGCGAGGGCUGGAUGACAUGGGUAUUCAAUGAUGGAACCAAGGUUGAGCUGGGAUAUGAUAACCCAUACUAUGGGUCUAACUCGUAUUCCUGCAGUGUCGGUUCAAGUUCGUAUACUAUUAACAGGGAGGGAGGAGAUGGAAACGUCACUCUUGUUAAGUUUAUUCUGAACCAGAACUAA